AUGGCCUUGACUCGAGAGAAAGCCGUGCCCGGACUGAUAAUGGUGCCAAUGUCACUUAAGGAAGACAUCUCUGUUCAGGAAUGCGAUGACUGGUACAACAAUGAGCACGUCCCGAUACGAAUGCGGCUCCCCUACUUCAACAACGGGUACCGGUACCGUUCGAUCGAAAAUGGUGUCGAAAGUAGCGCUGAGAGCGGACUGCCCGAGUGGCUGGCAGUAUACGACAUUCUCGACAUGUGGGAGUUGACGAGGGAACCGUACAGACGUCUCCUUGAUCCCGGCGUGCAGUCGAUGCGUGAACACCAAGUCCUCAACAAAGUCACAGCGUGGCGUCGCUACUACGACCUCGUGUCGACGUACGAAGCGCCGCAAUUCGUCUCGCAGGAACAAAAUCUACGUAAUGGGGACGUUGACAAAGCGUACGGUGUAACGCUCAUUGUCGUCGGCGUCCGACUCAGGCAUGACUCUCCAGAAGCUGAGGCAGAAUGGGACCGAUGGUACGAGGAGGAUCACAUUCCGCCGCUCAGAAAAGUUCCCGGGUGGCUUCGGACGAGACGAUACCGCACAUCUGUAAUCGAAGACGUACCUCUGGAAGCUAUUCAAAGGUGCUCGACCAUCGAAUACCUGACGUUGAACGAAUUUGCGCCAGGCACCGCCAUAGGCGGACCCGAGCACCAGAUUGCCAUAAAAUCCGAGAGCAGGACUAACGUCGUGGCGCGGAAAUGGAGGCACUCGUACAAGAUGCACUACCUACAAACCCGGGCUGCACGAGACCUUGCAGCUCUGCAGCGGAGCAAAAUCGAAGAGUUCGUUAGUCCUGAUGGGCUGACCAGAACGUUAUCUGGUCCGUGGCCCAGCAUUGAGAGCUAUAUCACGACGCGGGACAACAUGAUAGUCAAAUACAGUUUAGAAGGUCUGACAACUGGAAAAGGCCACUCGCCACUCCUUGUCUUGUGCACAUGGGCUGAUCUUUCAUGGGCCCAUUGGGAGAGCUUAGUGAGGGCGCUACAGCGAAGGUCGGGGGAGAUAUGUCGCCAGAGCUUACGCCUCGAGUUUCCCGUCCGCAUACAAGAAGCCGCGGAACAUGCUCUCAGCAAAUUCUCAGCCCUGGACUCGAUGGCAAAUGACUUGGAAGACUGCUUCCAAGCACUGAUGAUUGACAAAGCAUCCUUGCUGCUCAUACAGGGCCUUGGAGGGCAGACGACCAAAGGUCCGCCCACCAGGGUAGCCAAGAGCAUCGACAGAGCAAACGUUCCGGGACCGUUGGCAGAGCUCUGUUUCAGUGGGGCCAUUGUCGUGUCGCAUUCUCGACAGGAUCUCGAACAGCAAAUGCAGGCUCUGGGAGUUUUCGCAGCGGACUGUACGAACCUUGAUGACUUUAUUGAAAGUGUAAUCAAGGGGAUUAGUGACCUGUAG